UUUUUUGUUUUUACAAACCACGAUUUCAACCCUGGUUAUUAUUGGUAAUGAACGAUGGUUUUUUUUUAUGUCGUUCAACGGGGAUCGAGACAGUUUAUUUAUCAAGUCCAAGUUUAAAGAAAUGAUACCAUAAGUAACAACAGCGUCGAAAACUAUCAGGUUUUUCUACAAAAAUUUUGUAUUUAAUAUGAAUGCUACGAGUUUGUAUGUGUCCACCUGUAGACUUGUGAUUCAAGCUAAUACCGAGGAACAGUCAUCAUGGAAUGAUUUGUACAGGCUACUUCCAUACUUGAGACAAGCACUCUCAUGCACAGUUUGUGACUUCUUGUUGGUUGAGCCUUAUAGUCCUGAAAGUUCUUGUCAACACCAUGUUUGUAAAUCUUGUAGAGGUAGGAAAAAAAAACUGAAGCCAUCCUGUAGUUGGUGCAAGUGCUAUGACAGCUACAGUGAAAAUGUGCAAUUGAGAAUACUUCUUCAGUGUUACAAAAAGUUAAAUGAAUACCUUGUUGGCACAUCAAUUUUCCGAAAGUUAAAAGCUAAUGAAUCAAAUGGAGGAACUAGUGGACUCUCAGAAAUCAUUGAAGAAGGAGCUGGGUUCAAAGAUGAGUUCAAUAGCUAUGCUGGCCUUUCAAAAUCAGCACUUAAACAACUUCCACUUCCUUGCACAUUGAUGCAAAACAUUACUGUUAGUGUUCAAACACAAACAAACAAUUCUGUUUUAAUUGAAAAAAAUCUUGAUUCUUGUGGGGCCAAUCAAUCACUUACCCUCCCAGUCAUUGAAACAGCACCUGUGUUGCAUACAGAGGUGUCUGCUUUACCCAUAGAUGCAACCAGUGCACCAAAAGAUGUAAAGCAAUCAAGAAAUCCUAAGCCAAAAAUUAAGAGAAAAGGGUGUCGCUGCGGGAACGCAACUUCAUCGCCUGGGAAACUAACGUGUUGUGGCCAGAGAUGCCCGUGCUACGUGGAAGCAAAAGCCUGCACAGAUUGUAGGUGCCGAGGAUGUAGAAAUCCCCACAUUCCAGGAGGGAAAAAGUUGCGUUUUUUUUUAAGUGAAGUCGGGGAUUCUACUAGUAACACGUCUGAAUCCUCAUUAGUGGCGCAAUUAGGCUUACCGCAAUAUGGUGUUCAACGGACUUCCAUAUACUCCACAAGCCCUCAAAUGUCAUUCGAAAAAGUUCCAUCGACAUUACUGGUCGAUGACGAAAAAUCCAAUAGUGGCAGAAGUGAAACAUUAGAUGUUGACGUAUGAAUACAUACAUCGUUCGUCA